GGUGAGUCACUCGGCCGCGUCGCGUGUGUGUGUACCUGCGCAGGUUGCCCGGUGAGCGGCGGCGGGACACCCGCCGCCCGGUGGGGGAGUACCGAGUGUAGCGGUCGUGGUGUGUAUACACACGCGAAAACAUUCCUCUACAACUGCUACACCGCUGUCGCCGCCGCUCGUAUCGCACCACGAUAAUAUUAAUAAUAAUAUUAUGGUUMUGUGGGCCUUUGACGGGUUCCAUCCGACUAYAGGUUACCUCUACGGCACCGCGACACAGCAGCCGCCAUCGUCGACAAUAGCAGCCGUAGGACGUUAGUUGUCGUCGUCAUGGCGGGCUUGUCGCUAAGGAAGCCGUGCGGCGAGAAGGAGUGCCCCGAGUACCACAUGUGCCAGCCUCACGAUCUCCAGUGCUACCCGUGCCAUUCGUACUGCAACGAGACUUCGCACAACUUUGACGUCAAAAUAUGCCAACAACAGUGUCAAGAUUACAUACACGACUACGUGAAGCAUUAUGUCAAGGAUAGUAACAUUCAAGAUGUGCUACAAGAGUUGGAGACCCUGAAAUCGUUGAUAAUUUGGCUGACGUUGCUGGUGAUCGUCGCGGUCGUCUUAAUGUCCGUYAUGUUGGCGUUCGUGUGGAAACGCGAGAGGAAGAUUCCGAAGCUCAAGAACGGAGGGAAAGAUUCAUACUUCAAAAAAAAAUUGGCUUUUCUAAAGUUCAGGAACAACACGGUUAAUACGGUGAGCGAGACGCCGUGGACGGUGGCGGCGGCGACGAACAUGAUGGCCGCGCAAACGACGGACGCCUCAAAAACGUCGUCCGCGAGCUCGUCGUCCGUCAACCGCACAAGCCGCACGACCGUCUCAUCGACGUCUACUUCGUCGACCGAUAAGCUGCCUUGCGAGGACGCSACGCUGGUGACACAGGAGUUCACCGGCUACGAUAAUCUGGGGCUGUGCAAAGUGUCGCCCGUGCUGAGCAAACCAACGGCCACGAUGAAGAUGUACGGCGCUACCGACGUGGAUCUGCUCCACCGGUACUCACCCUAGCCGCACCACAGAUCCGACCGGCCGCAAAUCACCGUCGCCGAUACGACGUGUCGGAUUGGUAUAGAUGUUCGACGGGGUGCGGAUACACAAAUACAUACACGAAUGGUGAAAUGGAAAUACCGCCGCAUGAUGAAGUGAAGCGUGGCCGAAGAAACAAAAUGCCUCUGCAGAGUACCUACAACUACAUAAUAUUAUACYGUGUUUUAGAUAUUGUUAUCUACGAUCCGGCCGGACUUCCGGCCACCUGCUGUCAUACAGUGCACCGCGUAAACACGACGAAUGCGGAGUUAGUGCGAACGAUUUCUAUUCCGAUGACCAUUCCGUUCGAAAUGCGACGAAAUCUAAGUCGUUUCUUUUGCAUUCGUCGUGUUCACAUGUAGUCCGCCGUGCGUACGAUUCCACGGAAACUUGUUGUAGUCUGAGAAACGUGACCUACAUUUUGUACUCGGUAAUAUAAUUAGAAAUUUAUUUUGAUUUCACAAACAUUUUUUUUUUCUUUGAGAGAGAGAGAGAAAGAAAUGUAGAGUUUAGAUCUGUGAGUGAUAUGUGUUUAGUAGUUUUAGAGGUUCCGGAAACCGUUCCUGGAACGUUAGGGGUAAUCAGUCGGAUGUUGUCAAUUUUGAAAAUCUCGUUUUAUGUUCAAUAUUUUUAUCGAUACAAAGUCUUAGAAUAAUAAGCUCACACGCGCACACAUAUACAACGCGUUAAUUGUAGUUUUUUUGUGUCUAUGUUUAAUUAUUAUUCGUUCAACUGUUAUAUUAUUAUUAUUAUUAUUAUGAUUAUGUUUUUUAAAACGAACUGCGCACACUACUAUUACAGUAUUAUCGGCGACGCUCGUAUCGCGGUCCAAGUACUUAAAUCUCGUUCUCGUUGUUGUUAUUGUUUUUAUCUUUCUUUUUUUAAUAAUGAUAUAAUGUAGGGUAUAGGUGUUUUAAGUAUUAUAUUUUGCGACCAUAUCUAAUUUAUACGUUAUGUCUUAAAACUUUGUUGUAGAUACUUAGGGUAGUCAAUAUAUUAUAUAUAUAGUGUUAGCAAUUAGUGUWUAAGUUAGGUUAAGUCGUGUUAUGAGGAGUAUGAAAUAAACCUUUGAUCAGUGAACCCCGUCCAAUAAACUUUAAACAGUUUUUAGAUAAUUUUACGCCGCGCUCGUCCACAUGUCUAUAUAUGUAUAAUUGUUGUACCUAUAUAGAUGCGCUGUCGGCGUAAAGUUGUAAGUUGUCAUCAAACGCCGUUCGUUUGAUGUUGUACAUAAAUAAUUAUGCAUUUUUUUAUUCAAUUACAUAAAUUGAUUUUUUUUUAUAUAUUUUAUAAAAUAUUACCUAUAUUUCUUGUUGUACAAUAGAAUUUAUAUUUUAUACAUAAAACCAUAAUUGAGUGAACUAAUAUUGCAUAACAAUUAUAUACUUUACAAUGUAAUUUUAUACUCAACGACAUAAUGUUUAAUUGUUUUGUUUAAACUUCGUGAGACUUUGAAUAAUAUAUUAUGUUGUGUAUGAUGUUUUUAGAUUCCACAACACAAAUAAC